AUGGAAGGUCAACAAGAAUUAACCGCUUCCACACUUUUGAAACUGUCAGCAAACAAAACCAAUUUGCAUAAGACAAAGAAGGACAAAACUUGCAGAAACCUCAUUUCCUCUACUUUCAUGGCUUUGAACAUGAUGCUUCAAUCAUGGCUUCUUUUGAGCCUUGUUUUUGUUUUACACAUUUUUUCAAUACCAACCUGUCAUUGCCAGACUAGUUCUCCUCAGAACAUUGAAACUUUUUAUCCAAUUGAAACUUCAUCCCCACCCCCAUCACCACCAACACAAAAUCAUGCCCCAGGACCAGUGGCAGCAUCAAGUAGUUCUUCAUCAAAGGGUAAGAUAGCAAAGGCUGUAGCUGCAACUGCAGCAAGCACUAUAGUUGUUUGUGGUUUAAUUUUCAUUUUAGUUCAAAGGUGCUUAAGAGCAAGAAGGAAAAAGGAGAUAACUAACACUGCUUCUGCUGGAGAUAGGCGUGUUGUGCCUCAGGGAAAUCCGUUUGAGCGUAUUGAUGGAAAUGUUAGGGGAAUGAUUGUUGAUGAGGAUGGUUUGGAUGUGAUUUAUUGGAGAAAACUUGAAGGGAAAAACUCCAACAAGGAUCUUUAUAAGGAGGUCUUGCAUAGUCCCAAAAACAAAGAAGAAGAAGAAGAAGAAGAUAGCCAUGAAGGAAAUCAAGUGAAAAAAUCCAAGUCUAUACAAGAAACUCCUCUUCUUAGAGGGAAAUCUUCAACUUCCCACAUAACUCCGGAAGAGGAUGAGCCAUAUAGAAUUACAAGAACUGCCCCUCCUCCUUCUGCAUCAGUUGGGGUUGCUAUCAAGGGUGUUCAUAAACCAGAUUCUCCAACUCAACCAUCCACUCCACCCCCUCCAUCAUCACCAUCAACACCAUCCUCCAUUUCUUUUUCAGCAAUUCCAAAAGUGAAUAACCCUACACCAUCACCUCUUCCUCCCCCAUUGCCAGAUAGAAAGAUUCCAGCAGCACCACCUGCCCCUCCUCCACUCUCAGCUAGAAAGAGUCCAGUGCCACCACCUCCUCCUCCACUGAAGGCAGGUAAUUUGAAGUCAUCAUCAAAAUCAUCACCUGCCCCCAUUGAAAUGCCAGCUAUCUCCCACAGCAAGCAAAGAAACUCUUCAGGGAAAGGCAUGACCGAAACCAACAAUGAUCAAGUGAAGCUCAAGCCUUUGCAUUGGGAUAAGGUGAAUACUAAUGCUGAUCACUCCAUGGUUUGGGACAAAGUUGAUCGUGGCUCUUUCAGGGUUGACCAAGAUCUUAUGGAAGCUCUCUUCGGCUCUGUCGCGACCAACCGAAGAUCCCCCAAAGGAAAGAGUCAAUCAACAAGUCCAAGCCGCGAUGCCUCAGCUCCAUCAACAAAAAGUUUCCUUCUUGACCCUAGAAAAUCACAGAACAUUUCUAUAGUUUUGAAAUCUCUUGCAGUCUCACAAGGUGAAAUUCUUGAUGCACUCAUUGAUGGUAAAGGCCUCAAUGCAGAUACCCUUGAGAAGCUAUCUAGAGUUUCACCAACAGAAGAAGAGCAAUCUCUUAUCCUUGAAUACAAAGGAGACCCGGCAAGCCUUGCUGCAGCUGAAUCUUUCUUAUAUCACAUCCUCAAAGCUGUUCCUUCAGCCUUUAAGCGCUUAAAUGCCAUGCUAUUCAGGUUUAACUAUGACUCCGAGAUUCUAGAAAUCAAGGAAUCUCUGCAGACCCUUGAACUGGGGUGUAAGGAGCUUAAAAGCCAGGGACUCUUUGUGAAGCUUCUUGAAGCAGUGCUUAAGGCAGGAAAUCGAAUGAAUGCAGGAACUACUAGAGGUAAUGCUCAAGCUUUCAACUUGGCUUCUCUAAGAAAGCUCUCUGAUGUGAAGAGCACCAAUGGAAAAACAACUUUACUUCACUUUGUGGUUGAAGAAGUAGUCCGCUCUGAAGGAAAACGUGUUGUUCUUAACCGCAAUAGUAGCCUGAGCCGUAGUAGCAGCAGAAGCAGCAACAGCAGUGGAAACCAUGAGAACAGUGCCACCUCAAAUGAACAAAGAGAAAGGGAAUAUACAACUCUAGGAUUACCCCUUGUUGGAGGGAUCAGUUCUGAGUUCUCCAAUGUUAAGAAAGCAGCACAUAUAGAUUAUAACAGUUUAGUUGGUUCAAUCUCAGUCCUCUUAACCCGGCUAGGUGAAAUUCAUGAGCUUGUUUCGCGGUGUGGAAAUGGUGGAGAAGGAUCUUUUGUAAAAGAAAUGGACCAGUUUCUCAGAAAUGCUGAGGAAGAAUUGAAAUUAGUGAGGGAAAAACAAACAAUGGUAUUGCAGCUUAUCAAUAGAACAACACAAUAUUAUCAAGGAGGAGCUUCAAAAGGCACUGCAGAACAAAAUCUUCAACUAUUUGUCAUAGUCAAGGAUUUUCUGGGAAUGGUUGAUCAAACUUGCAUUGAGAUUGCGCGUAACAUGCAGAAGAGGAAGACUCCCAAUGCAACUUCUGGCUAA